AUGUCUCUCUCAUGGCCCUAUCAUUUUGUGUCCCUGUCGGAAAAGGAGAUCCAGCGUCGUCGGGAUGUUUUGGACCUCCGUGGUUAUUAUGCGCAGCUUUCUGCCCUUGCAGUUAUUGCUGCAAUUUCUCUUUAUCGGUUCUAUAGGGGGCCUCCUACAAGACGAACGAUAACCAAGAGAUCGUGGUGGGACUCACCACCUUUUCAGGGAUGGACAGAAACUCGGAAGCAAUACUCUAUCACUCUUCUCUGGUUGCUGUUUUUGCUAGGUCUCUCCGUGUGGAAUACCGGCGAUGAUUAUCUUCACCUAACCAAGGCUUUAGCGAAUGUUUCGCUGUCCCAGCUACCUUUUCAAAUGCUCCUUGCUCCUACGUCGUUCAUCUUCACUUCAAAUCCGGCGCUACCCUCCCUCUUAUCAUCUUUGACAUCAAUUCCCCAGACGACGCUGGCACCUUAUCAUCGUCUUUUCGGUCGACUCAUCAUCGUCCCUCUGCUAUGUGGUCAUGGCAUUUUGUAUCUCCUCUUCUAUGUGCAGUCUUCUCACCCACUUUUCGGAACGUUGCUUGCAAAACGUAUUCGGGAUCUGGAUGUCCAGUGUGGGCUUGCGGCGCUUGCAACAGCCCUUCUGGUAUUGAUCUUUGGUCGUUCAACUUUGUGGCAACUUAGGAGCUUGCAAUGGCCCGGUCUGAGGAGUGCGGAGGAGAGACGACGAGUUUUCUACAUCGGUCACCUGGUGCUCGUUGGCGCACUUCUGGCUUUGGCAUAUUCCCACGUCAUCUAUGCGCGACCUUAUGUCCUUGAGGCUAUCGGAGUAUCCAUCGCUAACUUGGUGUAUUGUUGGCUGCUUGUUGGGAAAAGGAAGACCUGA